AUGAAAGGAGACUAUUACCGGUAUCUUGCUGAAGUUGCCCAAGGCGAUGAAAGAAAAGAUGUUGUAGCAAACUCACAGACCGCAUAUCUAGAAGCAUUGGAAAUUGCCAGAGGUCAAAUGCAACCUACACAUCCAAUCCGACUUGGGUUGGCACUUAACUUCUCUGUAUUUUAUUAUGAAAUUCUAAAUGCUCCAGACAAGGCUUGUAACUUAGCAAAACAAGCUUUUGAUGAUGCAAUUGCUGAAUUAGAUCAAUUGAAUGAAGAAUCUUACAAGGAUAGUACAUUGAUAAUGCAGCUUUUGAGGGACAAUUUAACACUAUGGACGUCCGAUGCACAGGGUGCAGAAGAUGAAGGUGGUGACGGAGCUGGUAACUUUUUUUUUUUUUUUCCCCUCACUCCUUUCCUUUCUUCUCUCUCUUGCUCACUCUUUGGUUCUCCUUAUGUUGACAUCCUUCUAUUAUGCCCUCUCUUCCAACUGCUCACUUCAAAUUUGUUUGUAUUUGAGAAAAAAAAAAAAUUUCUCCCUUCCCUCCCCAGUGGCUUCCUUACAAUAACUUUUUCUUCCUCCCUUGUUCUCCUUCCUGUACAAUUUGUCUUCUAA